AUGAAACCUGAAGAUAUGGACUCUGAAAUAGACAUUCUCCGAAGGAAGAUAACGGGCUCUGAGCAACCCGAAGAAAAAGAGGAUAUUGAAAGAGAAAUUGAGUACGUAAGUCAGCUAAGAAGAAUGAAGACCUGGAAGAAUUCAGAAACCGAGGCCUAUCUAAACGCAACCCAUGGCACUCUCAAGGAAGAGGUAAAAACAUUAGUUGUACUCAGAAGAAUAGCUAAGGCUGAAGUUAGAAGGAAUGACUACUCGGAAAAAAUAGAAAAGCUAAAGGGUAUUAUAGAAAAACUAGGUUUUGAUCCCAAUAAGCCCGAGGAAGAGUUGGAAGUAGAGGAAGAAGAACGUAGGCAAGAAGAAGCUAGAAAGAAGGAGGAAGAAGAACGCAGGAAGGCUGCUGAGUUAGAACGUAUGAGGCUUGCAGAAGAAGCUGCCGAACGUCAGGGAAAAGCUGAGUUUGAGCGUAAGGAAGCUGAGAUUAAAAGACACCAGGAAUAUGUAAAAGGUGAUAAGGAGAAAACCGAGUACUGGAGAAAAAAGCUUGAAGAAUGGGAAAAAGAGGAGUCUAAACCCAAGGAAAUCCCGAAGAAGACUCAACCUGAGGAAGAGCCUAGGAAAACCAAGACAGGAAAACCUUACAGAGGCAAAGGGCCAAAGAAGCUUGAUAGAGGUAAGGAGACUGAGGAAUCUCUACCUGGGGUAGACACUGAAUGGCUAGAGGAUACUUUCAACUUUGAGAAUAUUCUAUUCCAAGUCGCAGAGGAUACUAUCCCAGAAGAUGAUCAACCUAUAUUUAGCGGUGAUAGUACAGAAAUCAUGUUGAAGGAUGUUAGGGAAGAUCUUACGAGGUAUGAAAGAUUCAAGUCAUGGGUUGAAAAUAACUUCGGAUUUGUGCUUGCAGGUGUUAUGGUGUAA